AUGGCCAGCGUAUCACCAACCACUGUAGGGGCAACAGUGACGAUGGAACAACCCUCAAUUGUGGUCACCUCGUCUCCAGAUGGUAGUGUCGCGGUCACGCAUGAGCCUGGCGCAAGUUUGUUAACAGAGACAUGCGCGACGCCCGAGUACACCUUACUUAAUUUGGGACCAUCUGCGAUUUACGCGCCCUUUGUUGGUUGCGUAGACACCAGGCAAGACUGCUGCCCAUUCCAGCCGCAAUCAUCGGUGGAAAUAGGGUUCAACGACGUGUAUCCUGAAACCUCCGAUUCUGAACAGGCGGUCCUAGAACGCUGCCCCGCCGACUACUACUCGAUCUCAGCCAGUUGCUGCCCCAGCGGUUACACUCCAUGGACGACUGACCUAGGAGGCCAGACACCGUGCUUCAGUGUCCUCCAAACAGCAAUGACACCGCCUCCCAUCACGAAUGCGAAUACAGUAUCAUCCAACGGGGCCAACCCCACCGUUGUCGUCUCCGACGUUGUCUAUGCCAUAGGUUACCCCGUUCAAGUGCCCAUCAACAGCUUUCCAGCGGAGGCCAUCGCUGGUACUGUGGCGAGCGUUCUCGGACUGCUAGCUAUUGCAGGGUUGGCUUUGUUUUGUUACACACGGCGGCAGAGGCGGGAGUUUCUCAACCUGGGAAACGAGCUGAACGACCUCUAUGGCCCUAAAAGAACUCCGGAGCCCACAAACACAUUUCGGUCAGGAGUACAAAUCAGCGGGUCCAGCAGUUUCAAGGAUGACAGGACCAUAGUCGAGGAUGGAGCAUAUUCACGGAAGUCAAAGGAAUCUAAACGGAGUCAGCAACAACACUCGCCCUUUGACGGACACCAAUCCAUGGCCCCACCGGUCAACACCCCUGAGAAGGAUAGCUUCCACAGAACGUCAAUCCAUGAGCUGCAAUCGGAGCAGCAGGGACUAAAUCAGAAAUCCAACUUGCAGGUUGAAGAGUCCGACCAACAAGCCCCUCAACAUGAAGAUAGCCACUCGCACGUAAAUGCCAGCGAGCAUGAUCUUCCCAUUCCCUCGCCAUUCGCAUUGGACAAGCCACAACUACCUGCACUCUCACAGCAAGGGGAACUGAACGCAGACGACAUAGUCAACGUGAGCAACUUUGGGGAUGAAACGUUUGCUUCUGCUCACAGCAGCUAUGACUCGAGCCUUUUUCAAGCACUAACAGUUGGAACCGCCCGUCCAGAGCGUCUCUCACGUGCCUACCCAAAGGUUGUCUAUGUAGAGCAGAAAGAUGACGGAAAGUCUCUGUCGGGUGAGGCAGCGAAGUGA